AGUCUCUCUCCUAGGUGAAUUUGGUUUGCAAGUUUGAUGGAAAACCACUUAGCUUGUUUUUGAGAAGGAGCCUGUGAAAAGAGGCUGGGAAAACUCUGUUGUGAUUACAGGUACCUUCACAGAUGGGAAAUACUGGUUACCAAAGCACUCUUUAGUCUCGCGGUUAAAGGCCUCACAUGAACCCAUAGCUGGAAGCUGAAGCCAACGAAUGCGGAUUAGAAAUUAGGCAUAUGUUUUCAGUAAUGAAGAUGAUUAAUCCCUGGACCAAAGGCAGUGGUGAAUUCUCCAUCUCUUGAUGUCUUCAGAUCAACACUGGAUGACUUUCUGGUCGAAAAGGGACCCACACCAGCCGGGUGAAAAUGAGCGAGCUGCAGAAUAAAAUCCUAGUUUGCUCCAGUUUGUCUGAUCCAUGGAGAGAUAAGGAAGGGAAAUGGCUGCAGUGGAGUGGGUGGCUUUCGAGGAGGUGGCUGUGUAUUUUACCAAGGGGGAAUGGGAUCUGCUGGACCCGGGUCAGAGAGCUCUCUACAGGGAUGUCAUACAGGAGAAUUAUGAGACUGUGACCUCGCUGGCAGGUCUCCCAAUUUCCAAACUGGAUGUGAUCUCCAGGCUGGAACGAGGGAAGGAGCCGUGGAUCCCUGAUCUCCAGGGCUGCGAAGAAAGGAAGAACCCGAGAGACACCCUCAUGAGUGAUGGGAUGGUGAGUGGGAACGAGGAGGAGAAUCUUCAGCAGGAAGAUCCUGAGCAAGUGGAACCACAGGGGAUGGUAUUGGGAAGAGGUGAAGGGGACGUUUCCCAGAGUCCUGAGGAGGGAGAAGCCCGUGAGAGCCAGAGCAGGCCAAAGAGGCAGCAGGGAAACCACUCAGAGGAGAGACAGGGUAAAUCCACCCACAGGAGCAGAGGAGUCAAGAAAAUUAAAUAAAUUAUUGAACAGAGAAUCCCCACUGGAAAGGGACCCUACUUGUGCGGUGACUGUGGGAAAGGCUUCAGUCAGAGUUCAACUCUUAUUCACCAUCAGAGAAACAACAUGAGAGAGAAACCCUACAAAUGCAACAAG